GCUGCCUCCCCAGGCCGCUGCGCAGGGAGCCCACGUGGGGUAACCUGCGAGAGCGUACUUGUCUGAGCUGUGUGUCUCUGAGGUUGAUAAAGCAUAAGAAUGUACACUUCAAAUAUUGCACUAGUGUCCACCCUGUUUACAUUUACUAUGGAAAAGAUCAGUACAGUUGUUGGACUAAAGGACAUGGGCAAACAUAUUUUAGAGUUGUGAGCUCUCCUGGCUCAUGGACUCCACUUUCAAGUUUGGGCAUUUUGGGGCCCCAGUACCUUCCAGUACGAUGGUGGCAUUCUUCACAUCCUUGUAAAGAUGACUCCAUGGUGGAAAAGUCACUUAAGUCUUUGAAGGAUAAAAACAAGAAGUUGGAAGAAGGAGGCCCUGUAUAUAGUCCCACAGAAGAGGUUGUUAAAAAAUCUCUUGGACAGAAGAUUGUAGAUGAGGUGAAGCACUAUUAUCAUGGCUUUCGAUUGUUAUGGAUUGACACAAAAAUUGCUGCAAGAAUGCUCUGGCGAAUACUUCAUGGCAAUGUUUUGUCUCGCCGGGAACGGAGACAGUUCCUUCGGAUAUGUGCUGAUCUCUUUCGCCUGGUUCCUUUCCUAGUUUUCAUUGUUGUUCCAUUCAUGGAGUUUUUGCUUCCAGUAGCACUUAAGCUGUUCCCUAAUAUGCUUCCUUCAACAUUUGAGACAAAAUCUAAAAAGGAGGAGAGAUUGAAGAUGGAAUUGAGAGUGAAACUUGAAGUGGCUAAAUUUCUUCAGGACACUAUUGAGGAGAUUGCCUUGAAAAACAAAGCAGCCAAAGGAAAUGUUACUAAAGAUUUUUCUACUUUCUUUCAAAAGAUCCGAGAGACUGGUGAACGGCCUAGUAAUGAGGAGAUCUUACGGUUCUCUAAAUUGUUUGAAGAUGAACUUACACUGGACAAUCUUACUAGGCCUCAACUGGUAGCUCUCUGUAAACUGUUGGAACUUCAGUCAAUGGGGACAAAUAAUUUUCUGCGCUUCCAGUUGAUCAUGAGGCUGAGAUCCAUGAAAGCAGAUGACAAACUGAUUGCGGAGGAAGGAGUUGACAGUCUUACUGUUAAAGAACUGCAGGCAGCAUGUAGAGCAAGAGGUAUGAGAGCUCUUGGCGUAACAGAAGAACGACUAAAGGAACAACUUAAACAGUGGCUAGAUCUGCACCUGAACCAAGAAAUCCCCACUUCAUUGCUUAUUUUAUCCAGAGCUAUGUAUCUUCCGGAUACACUUUCACCAGCUGAUCAGCUCAAAACUACACUCCAGACACUACCAGAGAUCGUGGCCAAAGAGGCUCAAGUCAAAGCAGCAGAAGUUGAGGGUGAAAAAAUAGACAAUAAAGCUAAGCUGGAAGCAACACUUCAGGAAGAAGCAGCCAUUAGAAAAGAAAAUCAAGAAAAAGAGAUGGAAAGAAUGUCUGAAGCUGCUGAGAGAGCCAAAGAAAUCCUUCAGGCUGCAGCAACAAAAGAGGUGGAUUCUGCAGUGGACCUUGAAGCAGCUGCCGAACAUGUAAAGAAAAGCCAGAUAGCUGUGGAGACUGAACAGGAAUUGACUAGUGUGGAUUUGACAAAGCAUACAGAGACCUUGAUAGAUACAGCACCAGUGUUAGAAGGCAUUAAGGGUGAGGAAAUUACCAAGGAAGAGAUUGACAUGCUGAGUGAUGCUUGCACCAAACUGAAGGAAAAGAAGAAAUUGCUAACAAAAGAAAAAGAGGAGCUUCAGGAGCUAAAAGGAGAUGUUCAGGAAUAUAGUGAGGAUUUGCAGGAGAUAAAGGAGCUAUCUAAAACAGGACAAGAAGAUGUGGUAGAAGAGUCUAAGGCGAGCAAGAGGUUGACCAAAAGGGUGAAUCGAAUGAUUGGACAAAUUGACAAAAUUAUUAAUGAAUUAGAAACAGACCAAAAGGUGGUGGAUGGACAGUUGGACAGCGGUGCUAGUCCACCUAUUGGGGAAAAUCUCAUCAGUAUCAACGAGCUUAUUAGUGCGAUGAAACAAAUCCAGAAGUUUCCAGAGACCAAACUGAACAGAAUUGCUGAGGCAUUAGAUGAAAACAAAGAUGGCAAGAUUGAUAUAGACGAUGUUACCAAGGUGGUAGAAUUAAUUGACAAAGAAGACAUAGAUAUCUCAACAAGUCAGGUUGCUGAGAUUAUGGCACUGCUUCAAAAAGAAGAGAAACUGGAUGAAAAAGAGAAGGCAAAAGAAAAGGUUGAGAAAGAAGCUGUGGAAGUAAAGAAUUAAACUACAGAAUCUGAAGUAAAGUCCAAUUUAACCAAUAUAUCUUACCUUCUGAUGUACUAAAGCCUGUUUAUGUAUUAGUUGAGUUUCUGUGGUGAUGAAAAAUGUUAUUGCUUUGAGGUGAUUCUAAUGGCAAAUCAAAGAUAUGUUUUCAGAAAUAUGGAAUCAAAUAAUUUAUCAAGUAAGUGAUUUUGCCGUCAUUCAUGAAGCUGGAAAAUAAUAUGAUUCUUUAAGAGCAUGUUCUUUGCUGUAGAAUCAUGCAUUUUGCAGUCAUCACUGGUGUAAUGAAUCACUAAACUUGCUAGUUUCAAAACAUUAUUAUAAAUAGAGUAUCUAUCAUGGAAUAAUAUUUGUAAAUGUCCUUUAUUUCUUUGCAUCAUGUAAACAAAGUGCAACAUUGUUCUUCUGCUUCCUCUUUGAGCUUUUUGCAUAGUUGAAUACAAAGUUUUCCUGUCAUUAAAAUAUUUCAUUUUCCCUUGACAUGCUGCUGAUGGGGCUGUGGCAUCAAUUAGAUUAGAUUAUGAAUUUUCUUAAAUUUCAUAUAUGCUAAAUUAUUGUAUGCCAGAUUCUGCAUUAGCGAAACUCUGAUUUCUUCUAUGAAAUCAACAUUUUUAUGUCAUUUUAGGGAAGGGGAAAUUCAGUAGAACUGGAACCUUCCACAAAGACUGAUUUUUUUUUUUUUUUUUUUUUUUUUUUAUGGGUGCAUUAUUAUGACUAAAGUGUGGGUGAUUACUUUUAAGGCAGUUCUCAUAAUUCCAUAUGAAUUAUCAAAGCAUAGGGGAAACAGGAACCUUUAACAUACUUUCAAAAUAUGUUCUGACACAUAUAAAUGAGUAUGCAUAUUUAAAUUGUUAAAGUAAUUAGAAGGGAAAACACCAAUGAUGCUAUUUUACAUUUUUUUUUAAAUUGCAUUUAAGAAAAAUUGGUGGUUCUUAUCUAUCUGAACCUGUAUACAAAAUAUCAGGUGUUUUACCUUUUGAUUUUUCAUCUCAGGUAUGAAAUCAUUAACCACUUGAUAGUCAGGAAACAACAUGUAAAUACGUUCAUCUCAUGGCCUUGCUAACGGCAGUGUUACCAAAUGUGGUAUAAACAGUGUUUUGAGUACAUGAUUGGCUUUCUGGUUAAUUGGUUCUUUUAUUCAGUUUCUUCUCUAAUUACAUAGUAAAUUAAAUAUUAGCAAAUAAUGUAUCUAGAUUUAUUAUGCCAUGUCUUUUUUAAUGAAAAUGUAAAGCUCAAAUAUUGAAGAAUUUAGUAUAUUAACUUAUUUUCUGAGCAGUCUGAAUUUCCCCUUCUUAAAUUUCAGAUUUAAUUUGCCAAGGAAUAUUAAUAUUAUGACUUUCACCCAAGUUCUUUUCAUUUUGUAUCCAGUGGUUUAUAGUCCCAAAUUUGUAUAAUUAUCAGAUUAAUUGGAUGUUAAACCUGCUGCUGUAGAAUGCUGUACAGGGAGAAGAAAGUCUAUAUGUCUUUGCUAUAGUAAAAAUUCCAUACGGUCUCACAAGUUUUGACUCCCAAAUACAUUUCAGUGUAAUUGUUUGUUUUAUGUGUUAAAUCUGAAUUAAAACGACUAAAAUGUUUAUAGACACCUGGGACCUAUAUGGCUACAGCUACAUUGCAAACUAAAAUGUUUAUAUAGAAACGCCUUCAAGUUAGUGGAACAAAAUAUAAUUUGGGCAUUUUUAUGGCUUGCAUGGUGGACCAGUGUAUUUAAUAAAUUGCUUCUUGCACAAUUUGCUAUGUCGAUGUACAGUUUAAUUUUAGAAGCAAGUUACAAAUGUAUUUCACAGCUGCAGAACAUUAUUCAGUUUAUAAACUAUACAGUUUGUAAAGAAAGCUGCUUACCAUGGGUAAUGUAACUAAUCCUCCUGAGAAGUACUAUAAUUGCUUCCUACUGAGUAAGCCAGACAUUUUGAAAUUACAAAGUAAUAUGAUCUUUGCUAUUCUUUUACUGUAUUUUUAAGUGGAUAGGCAUAUCUGCUUUCUUGUAAGGUAUAGAUUCUGGCAUGAAGUCUAUUUCAAGGUGUAUGUGUUUAUAACUUGACUAUGAUGAUUAAGGCUAAAACCUGUCCAGUAUUCCAUACUGUGGGUUGCACUUAUCAAGGCAUUGAGACACUUUGUCUCUGGUAAGUUUGGUUUUGCCUUUACUUAUAUGAAGUAUUAGGUGAAGUGAAUGAGAGAAGAGAACUGAAGUAUAUAAUGAAAUAUUUAUAAACAUCCUUAUUAAAUUCAUUCUGAUAAAUUUAUGGCGAAAAAUGUUUGCCCUUGGACUCACCUGAAAAACGAUAUAUUGAGAUCCUCGAAUCAGUUAAUUUAAAGCACUGCUUUCAAUAACCAGUGUCAGUUUCCCCUGUUGUCUAAAAAGUUUUAAAUACAUCAUGUAUACAUCAGCAAUAGCAAAAUGCAUUAACUUAUUUUGAAAAAUAUUGCAAAUCCAAACUAUGUGGACUAGAAUUCUUUAUGGUAGGCGUUAUCUGUCAUUUUACAUAGAGAGUGGGCAAACCCAUGAUGAGCUGGGCUUAUUGCAUGUUCUCCAGGUCUCAAAAAUAUUUGGCAGGCUUUAGUGAAUCACCAAGGAUCCCAAAUCCAGAAACCUUCCUUGAGUUAUUUUAUGGACGUCUUUAAGAUUACACAGGUGAAUGGGAUGAGGAUUUGGCAGGAUUUGGCUUCAAAUCAAGAGUUUUACUGACUUUUAUCUAGGCCAAAAGAAUAAGCAGGUCUAAUAUAUUGUUUAAAUUUAUUGGAAAGUUGUAUGAUAUUUGAAUGAUCUUAUGAGUUUCACAAGCGGAGCGUUCACUCACAAGUGGGUGAGCAGUAAGAUCAUUGUUGUCACUGUUUCAAGUUUGGUUAAAGAUCUGAAUUGAUAAACAAUUCAGGAAAAAAAAUUACAUAUGAAUCAUUAUUACUUAUGACGUAUCCAAAAAAUCCAGUUGGAUAACAGAGUUACUGAAAUAGAGCACAUAGAGGCCUUUACCUUUUGCCUAUGACGUAAAAUUAGAUACAUGUGUAACUUAAUCAUAUUUCAUUAAGUAAACAGUUCUUUUCUAUUUUUUUUCAAAUGCCCACUUUCACUCAGUUGUUCAUCAUUAAUCACAUGCUGUUGUGCUAUGUAAAUAAAUCUGUGUGAUGGCUGUCUAUGUAAGUAAAUCUGUGUGAUAGCCAGAAAGUUAAUUUUAUAGAGCAUUAUAAAUAUCUUUAAAAGAUACUGACAUUAACUGUUUAUCUGUUUUGAGUGCCACAUCCAAUUUUUAGUGAAGGUAAAUUUUAGAGAGGUUUUCCAAUGAGUUCAGUAAGAGUUAAGAGUUGGAUCAGGCCUGGAAAAGGCAGGGAUUUUUUUAACUCAUUUGUUUUUGAUGUGUACAUUACACGCUACCAAAAAUCAUUAAAGAAAUUUGUGAAGCUCCAUAAACUAGAACUAAUAUCCUAAAAGAGCAUUUGAAGCAAGAUCUUAAAUUGCUAACAGGAUACAUGAAUAACCUUCAAUAACAGCAGUAAUCAGAAGGCUUUUUGUUUCUCAAGGCCUGAGUGUUGGGUAUUCAUUGUUUUUCUUGUCACAACAGAUGACCUCGCUAAUGCCAAAAGUGUGCAGGGAGCUGCAUUCAUGUAGGAGAAACACAGAAACCUAAACUUGGGUCUUGAAAUAAAAAUGCUUUUCAAAUAUCUUUGCUGGGGCCUCUGAUCCUGCAAAGAGAAAUGUGUGGACAGACCUAUGCCUCUGUACAGAUCUUCAGUGAUUUUACUUGGGCUGCAUGCAGGCAUGGAUCUCUUUGCCUUAAAUGGUAGACUGUGUAGAAGGGACUGGCUCUUCUGAUUUGUGCAGUUAGAAUACUUCAUGUAAUUUAAAUAUAAACAUGUGCUGGUAGUGACUUAAGCUUUUAGAUACUUUAGUAUGUAUUUUAAAAACAUUUGUUUAUUUUGAACUUGAGAUUUACUUCAAAUUAUUUGGUAUAUUUGAAAGAAAUUCCAUAUUCUACUUUUUGAGAUUUGUUGCUGCUGUUUAAGGAGUUCAGUCCAUGUUAUAACACUAUACAAAAAGUCACUUGCUAUCUUUGCUCUGAGCAUGCUGGUCCUAAAUUUGCCACAAUACAAUAUAAAGAUUUUUUGGGGGAAGUUUAUUAAAAUGUGUGUAAUGUCUUCAGUUUUAAUAAACUUAUAAUAUUUUUACACCAGA